AUGUCAGCGCGUCUUCAUUUCGGAAUCAUCUUGGUGCUGUAUUGUAUAAGAUUGAGCUAUAACUACAGGAUCAUAGAAAUCAAUGAAGAUUUAAAAACAUGUCCUGCCCUAAAUAGGGAUAGAAUAUUUGAGAAACCGCAUUUGAAUAAUAACCAAAGGGAAAUUUACCACGUUCAUAAAAUACCACGAAGACAUCACUUCAACUCGAUUAAAAAGGAAAUUAAAUCCGAAAACUGGCUUUUGCGGAUUUUUAAAAUAAAAACCAUAAACGAUGGACCAAGUCGAAAAGUCUCAGAAGCACAAGAAGAUAAACAUACGAGUAUGGAUGGAUUUGCUAAAAGGCUUUUUAAUAUUCUAAGACAGACCCCUAAAAUGGAAGAUCCCUCCCAUAAUCACAAAAACGAGCACAAGACCCUGCUCGUGUUAAAGAAAAAUCCUUUUUCGCCAGAACAUCACAUAGUGCGAAGGGAACCAGUGCAAUACAAUUACAUGUGACUUAACCCAGAGACAUAAAGCUUCCUUCAUUAGUUAUUACAGCACCCUUAUCAAAAGUCUCACUUAGUUAUUAAGA